AUGGCACCAAACGACAACUGGCUCAACCGCUCCGUCCAGGGCGCCGUCGCCGGCGCCGGCGGCUACGUGGGCGGCUUCAUCAAUAGCAUGGGCAACGGCGUCUCCGGCGUGGGUCGAGGCAUCGGCAGCGGCAUCUCGAAUACGGCUCGCGGCUUGGGCGACGGCGUGCGCGGCUACGGGAACGGCGUCAAGGACGCAACUCGAGCCUCUGGCCGCCGCGCUCCCACUGCCGCCAACCCCCUCGGUCUACCCGGCGGUUCCACGCAGAGCGCCGCCAUGAUGAAGUCGAAGGUCAAGGGAAUUACCAACAGCGGCCCCGCCGGCUCGGGCAGCAAUCCUCUCGGACUCAAAUAG